CCGAGUGAGAGUUCCAGAUUUAUGUCAGAGUUUUGUUCUUGAAAAAAAUGGCCGCCAGUGAUGCACGUACGUCAUACACACAGUUUUCACCGUAACGUAGACUUAUCUCAAUAUUGAAAUGACUUUAGGAAUGGAUUGUACUAACGAAGAUCAUAGUCCACCUUUAAGUGACAAUACUGGAAGUACUUGGUUGAACUGGGAAAAUGAAAUCAGCUCCAUAUCGGGACUAAAUAUUGGUAGCUCUCCAGAACUGAAUGGACUUGUUGAGGAUAAAGAGGUGGCAGCCAGAGCUGUAGCAUUUGUGGUCAACAGUACCAGGAAAGGGAUUGUACCAUUGUGUGCUGAUAUUGCCAACUUACUUAGAGCCAAAAGAAGCUUAGAGAAGAAGGUCUACCUUCUAAAGCGUGAGGUGGAGGCACUAAGAUCUUCCACGUCUGUCAGUUUUCGAACAAGUCAUUCCACAAGCCCUACCCCACCUUUAAUAGAAAAAUCUAUCACAGCUGAGACUAUCGGCUUGCAUGAGAGAUCUCGCCCAUGUUCAAGGUGUAGCCAGUGUUCCAGUAAUGUGAGUAACUCUCCUAAACUAGAGAGCACAUACAGUUUUAAAAGUUAUCUGCCUUCACCAGCCCUCUCAAGAGAUGCAUUCAGAAGAACAUCACCAAGACUUGCACGUCAGCCCCCCAAGCCCCCAAUGGGAGGAGUCCAGCAGCUUCACACCGCCCACACCUCCCCGGAUAUCAGCGUGUCCGGGCCUGCAGGGCGCCCUGACCUGCCAGCCAGAACACAGGGCAGGAAGAAUUCUUUGCCUGAGAUGACCAGUGAACCCAAUGUGGAGAUCAAGAGGAUCAGUCCAAAAAUAUCCAAGGAGACCCAGUGCACUCUGGCCCUGAGAGGGGAGUCACAGUUUGAGGAACAGUUUAUUGAAACUGUACGUCUCAAUUCAAAAUUAGCUGAAGAAUUGGGAUCAGCCAAAAAAGAGAUUGAAAUACUGAAAGGAAGACUAAAAGAAUUAGAGAUGAACCAAUUAGCUAGGGAAUGUACACAGGAUCACUUGCGGCAAGAAUUACCUAAUGAAGACUUCUCAUCAAGUGAACUACAGAACAAUAGCUCACCCAAUACACAAGACUGUCAACCCAAAUGUGUGACUAAUGGUCAUAAGCAUGCAAGAACCAAUGGGUUAUCAUCAUCAAAAGUGAGCACAAGAGUUCCUCCCCCUGUGGGAAGUCUUCACUAUGCAGAACCUUUAUAUGGCUGUAAGUGCACUGCAUGUGAUGAAGCUAUGGGUGGGGAAAUACAUGCAGCACUUAGUGCCAGCCUUAAUGAAGAUCUUCUUAAGUUUCCUGUUAGUUCCAAAAUUGUUGUGCAACUUGGUGAUCAUGUGGUCAUUAAAGGAGAAAAAACUGGUCGUAUUCGCUACAUUGGUCAUCUUGACAAAAUUGGUCAACCAAAUAUGGUCUUUGUUGGUCUGGAGUUAGAUGCACCAGUUGGCCACCAUGAUGGGUUUUUCAACAAAAAAAGAUACUUCUUCUGUCAGAAAGACCACGGGAUAUUCAUCCCAUUACAUGACAUCAUAUGUAAAGUGCAGCCAAAAAUGCUUUCCUGUUCAGAAAAACUAGCAUCCAGAUCCAAAGAUACAAGUGAUAUUUUAUCUCAAGCUGUGAUCACACUGAGAGGUGGGGAUGAGAUGGAGAGCAAACAUCCAGGUGAUUGUCUUGCUCUUGUUGGUAUGACUUCAAAGUCAAAUCAUUCUAACAAGUCUGACAAUUUACUCCAACAAGCAGUCAUUCUUUCACAUUUGGAUGGCAUUGAGGCUGAAAAACACAGAAGGGCUGAAGAUCUUGUAUGAUAUCAGGUAAAAAAACAACAUACAAACAACUUUUAAUUGACGAUUCCAUUCAUCAUGUGUGGAAGAUUGCAGAUCAGCCAAAGUAGAAAAAAAUAGUUGUUUUGUUUAGCUCUUUGUAAAUAUUUCAGUACCUUCUGUGUAUGAAUGCCACCAUAAUAAUUUUUAGAGAUGGAUCGUACAGGCAGUCAUCUCACUUGUGAAUGAAAUGGACUUUAGUAAAAGUAAUUGUUGAUUUUAUGAAAUGUUCCUCAUCUUAUAUGUUUUUCUAUCUGAAAUGUAUGUUGAUAAAAUAUUAAUUCAAAUAAGUAAGCUGAAUAUGGAAUGUUAAAAAAUUCUUCCAUUUUUAAAUUGGUCUAUAAUCAUUUCAGUAUUUAUUUUUCUGAGUUUAUAAAAGUGUUAAUUUUAACCACAAUUAUGUGAUACAAAUUUUACUUUAACGAUGCAUUCUAUGUCUGAUCAAUUCAACUGUUUCUUUUAUAUUUUAGGGAUAUGUAAAAUUGAACUCAUUAUGUCUGAUAUUUUAUGUUUGAAUUUAAAAAGCAGAAAUUAAUUUCCAAAUACUGUAACAUUAUAAUCUUAAAAUAAUAUACUUUAAAAACAAUUAAACAAUUAUUGGUAUAAUGCUAAAAGCACUGAAUAUUAAUCUUUAAAUUAAAAAUAAAACUGAUACACUGUAAGUGUUAGUAGUUUUUCUAUCAACUUAUCCCAGUUUAUUUAGGCUCAACUAUUUUUUUGGUGCUGUGUUGAAUGUAUAUUUAUUUAAAGUUUGCUUGUUUUGGCCAUUGUCAUCCAUCAAGCAAACCUUGGAAUGAGAUUGCCUUAUGUAGAAGUGCCUUUGAUCAAGUUUGGUGCUAACUAAAACUAAUGUGUUCACUCAUAUCAUCUUUACAAUCAACCCUUCUCAAUUCUAACAUUACUUUAUUCACUGAUGUCACUCAAGACUCUCAUGUCAUCAACAAGAUUUUUUUACUCUAACUAUUUACUAUUGUUGUUCAAAUUUCAUGCUAAAAUAACCUCAUUCUUAAAAACCACAUGAACUGCUAACAAACCAAAGUGGUUUUAGUUUUAAACAUAAAUAAGCUGUGAAUAUGUGGUAGGCAAAUUUCUUUAAGUACAUGAGUAUAUGAAAUAACUUUAUAUUUUGACUAUAUUAUAUUAUGUGUAAUAGACGACUAAGCCAAACAUUUUACCAUAAGUUUUUAGUAUCACUAAGUAUAAACUGUCUUUUAAAACUCAUUUAUUUUCUAGCAAAACUGACAUUUUAUUUUACUUUAAAAUAAAAACAUAUUAUUUAGUUAGUUUUAAUGAUAUUAUAAUCUUUUACGAUCACAUUUAUGACCCUACAUUUUAAGUACUUUUUAAAAGCAGAAAUUAAUCAGUUUUAACCAAAAUGUGUAAAUACAGUUGUUUUUCAUUGCUUAUAAAUCUACUUUAAAGAGAACAGUAAUUUUUCAAACUAUUUUAAACUAAAGAAACCAAAAACAAGAAUAAUUUUUAUAACAGUACUAACAGUAAUAUUAUAUCAGCAAUAGUUGCCAACUCUUUUAUACUAAAUGAAUUUUGUUAAAUGAUAACUUAUUACUCAUAAUAAAUAUAAAUAAUAACUAAUAACAAAAAUAUAAAUAAUAACCUAUUAACUUAAAAAAACAGUUUUUUUAUUACAGUAAACAGCAAGUUAUUAUCUACUUGUCUAAUUACAAAUGCUCAAUGACACUAUUUCUCUAUAUAAACCAUUGGACAUGUGUGAUAUUCUACAUUUCUAGAAGAAAAGAAAAUGAUGACAUAUUUUGACAAAACCUUUGUGGUGGUUCCAAACUGUCUGUUUAGUACAAUUUUUUUCACAUAGGUUGGUGUACCUUAAUUUUUUUUUUUUUUCUAGAAAGUUUAAUGUUCAAAAUUACAUUUUUUUUUCUCUUGAUCUUCUAUAACUUAAUAGUUUUUCCUGAAAAGGUUGUCUAUUUUAGCUUUAAAGAUUUACUAAAAUGUUAAUCUAUUGUGACUGUUUUAUUUUGAAAAGGUUGAUCUACAAUAAUUGUAGUUUUAUCUGAAAAUGAUUGAUGUAUCAUAACUUCUAUUUUUUUUUUCUGAAAAUUUAACAUACUCUUUUAAAAUUAGUUUUUUCUUGAAAGGUUAGUAGUGACCUACCAAAAUAUCAGUCGGUUUUUCCUGAAAAGACUAGGUUGACUUUCAAGGUUUGCUACUCUUUACAGCUACCUUGAUUUGAUGUCUUCUACUCUGAGAGUUGCGGUUCUUGAGUGAUGUGUUUUAUCAUUUGACAUUUUGCUUCAUUCAUCAGCUGUCUAACAACCAACCAAUCAUUGGGAUACUAACGAUGCUUUGAGCUUUCAAAGCUGAUUUUUACAAACAUUUGUAUAUUUUUAUUUAUUUAAGCAAUGUUAUUGUAAGUAAAACUCACCCACAAGCAGUUGCUCUGUUCAAGUCUUUUAGUGACUUCACUCAAAUCAAUUCUUAUUUGUAUUAUUGGCUCAACAAAAAUCAGUCAAUGUAUGUUUAAACAGAAGCCUUGUGUAGACAUAAAAAAAAAUAAGCAACAAUAAAUGGUGAUAGAAAGUUAGUAUGUUGCUAUUGAGUUUCAAAUCCUCACUGUCAAAUGUGUGUAGAGGCACAAUUGUCCUGGCAAUACAUGUUCCCUGCAUCAUGUCCACUGGACAGAUGCAUUUUUACAUUUGUGUUCAAUAAGGCAAACAAUUUAUAGGCCAGACUAAUUUAUUAUGUUUUUUUUUUAGAUCAGAAGAUUCUCAGUUUUAACUUAUUAUUUCACCUAACACAAUUAGAAACAUGUCUCAUGCGACCCACAACUACAGACAUUUAAAAAACAUAAAUAAUUUAUUCUCUAGAAUUCUGCUAAAGAUGUUUUAUAACAGCUGUGUGGCACAUUCUGCAGGUACGUUGUUAAGGGAAUGUUGCUGACUGCUGGGUUUGUGAUGUUGUCAUUGAAAACCUGUAAUAGCUUAGCUUUGGCCAUGGUCAUAGAUCUGAGUAUUUAUUGCUGAAGUAU